CAGAGUUCGGGCAUCCAUUCUGCAGGUUCCAGGACUCAGGGGUGCGGCCUCCAGCCACCACAGGAGCCAAGGCCGCACAGCACCAGCUGAACCUGCUUAAUAAGUAACUGCCAAGGUCUGUAGGGGCCCGACGACCGGGACUGGGGUUUCCAAUCCGGAAACAGUAAUUUGCUACGGUCAUUCAAGGUUUUCCGGGAUCUGCUGCAUCUAGUGCUGGACUGGAGUCUCUCGGGUAGGGGACCAAUCUAGAGACUGCAGGAUCCUGCCUGCAGGGGAGUUGCACCAGCUUGUUCUGCCCUCCUCUGACCAGAGACUGGGGCUUCUGCCUGCCCACCCUGUGUUCUUAGCAUGCUGGCCGUCCACUUUGAUCAGCCCGGCGGAGCAGAAAACCUCUACCUGAAGGAGGUGGCCAAACCAUGCCCGAAAGAGGGGGAAGUCCUCCUCAAAGUGGCGGCCAGCGCCCUGAACAGGGCGGACUUACUCCAGAGACAAGGCCAGUAUGACCCACCCCCAGGAACCAGCAGCAUUUUGGGACUUGAGGCAUCUGGACAUGUGGUUGAGUUGGGGCCUGGCUGCCAGGGACACUGGAAGAUUGGGGAUUCAGCCAUGGCCCUGCUGCCUGGUGGAGGCCAAGCUCAGUAUGUCACUGUUCCUGAAGAGCUCCUCAUGCCCAUCCCAGAGGGACUGACCCUACCUCAGGCUGCAGCCAUCCCAGAGGCCUGGCUUACUGCCUUCCAAUUGUUACAUCUCUUAGGCCAUGUUCAGGCAGGAGAAUUUGUGCUAAUCCACGCAGGAUCAAGUGGUGUGGGUACAGCUGCCAUCCAACUGACUCAGAUAGCUGGCGCUAUUCCUCUGGUCACGGCUGGCUCCGAGCAUAAGCUUCAGAUGGCAGAAAAGCUUGGAGCAGCUGCUGGAUUCAAUUACAAAGAAGAAGACUUUUCUGAAGCAACUCUGAGAUUCACUAAAGGUGCUGGAGUUGAUCUUAUUCUAGACUGCAUAGGCGGAUCCUAUUGGGAGAAGAACGUCAACUGCCUAGCUCUUGAUGGCCGCUGGAUUCUCUAUGGUCUGAUAGGUGGAGGUGAUGUCAGUGGGCCCCUCCUUUCAAAGCUACUUUUUAAGCGAGGAAAUCUGAUCGCUAGUUUGCUGAGAUCUAGGAACAAAAAGUACAAGCAAACUCUGGUGAAAACUUUCACGGAGCAAAUUCUUCCUCACUUCUCCAAGAACAGCCCCCAACGUCUGCUGCCGGUUCUGGACAGAGUCUACCCAGUGACUGAUAUCCAAGCGGCCCAUAAAUACAUGGAGGCUAACAGGAACGUGGGCAAAAUAGUCUUGGAGCUGCCCCAGUGAAGGAGGAGGAGACAAGCACAGGACACGGCCAUCCCAAAGCAAUCUUGGGGCAGAUUCUACUUCCAGAUCCGGCGUGUAAAGCUGGUCUAAGGAAAUAAAAGAGAGGAUGUGAA